CGCACACGCACACGCACACGCGCACACACACACCCCACAUCGCCGCAAACUGCUCGCUGCACACACAUCACCUGUGGAAGACAUACUCAUUCCCGGUCCCAACCCCAAACAGACCCCGCCUCCUCGGCUGCUGCUGAGCCUAGACCAGCUCCUUUUACCACAUUCCCUUAACCUGCCAGUGCUGACAGGAGAAGACAUGGGGGCUCCUCCGCCCAAGGCAGAAGGGCCCUGGAUCCAACUCCAGAAGUUUCUGGCCUCCUGGUUGGUCAGAGAGCAAGACUGGGACCAGCUUAUGGACAAGGCCUAUAUGCAACAACAGAAGAGGAUUCAAGAAUCUCAACUGCUUCGGGCAGCCAAGGAAAAUGACCUGUGUGUCCUGAAGAAACUUCUGCUGGACCAAGCCUGCGACUUUGGACAAAGAGGAGCCCUGGGGGAGACAGCGCUGCACAUCGCUGCUCUCUAUGACAAUCUCGAGGCCGCCAUAGUGCUGAUGGAGGCCGCCCCAGAGCUGGUCAAGGAGCCCACCAUGUGUGAGCCAUUUGUAGGUCAGACUGCGCUGCACAUAGCCAUCAUGAACCAGAACGUGAACCUGGUGAAAGCCCUGCUUGCCCACGGGGCCAGCGUCUCUGCAAGAGCUACAGGCGCAGCUUUCCGCCACAGCGCCCGCAACCUCAUCUACUUUGGGGAGCACCCUCUGUCCUUUGCUGCCUGUGUGGGCAGUGAGGAGAUCGUGCGGCUGCUCAUUGAGCACGGAGCUGACAUCCGGGCCCAGGACUCCCUGGGAAACACUGUGCUGCACAUCCUGGUCCUCCAGCCCAACAAAACAUUUGCCUGCCAGAUGUACAACCUGCUGCUGUCCCACGAUGGGCGCGGGGCCCGCCUGCCAGCCCUGGACCUCGUGCCCAACCACCAGGGUCUCACCCCCUUCAAGCUGGCUGGCGUGGAGGGCAACACCGUGAUGUUCCAGCACCUGAUGCAGAAGCGGAAGCACAUCCAGUGGACGUGCGGGCCACUGACCUCCACUCUCUACGACCUCACAGAAAUCGACUCCUGGGGAGAGAAGGUGUCCUUUCUGGAGCUCGUGGUCUCCUCCAGGAAGCGGGAGGCUCGCCAGAUCCUGAAACAAACCCCAGUGAAGCAGCUGGUGAACCAGAAGUGGAAGAAACAUGGGCGGCCGUAUUUCUGUGUGCUGGGCGCCCUGUACGUGCUCUACAUGAUCUGCUUCACCACGUGCUGUGCCUACCGCCCCCUGAAGUUACGCAGUGGCAACCGCACGAAUCCGCGAGAUAGCACCAUCCUCGAACAGAAACUGCUGCAGGAGGCCUACGUGACUCCACAGGAUAAAAUCCGACUAGUGGGGGAGCUGGUGACCAUCGUUGGGGCUGUGAUCGUCCUGCUGCUAGAGAUCCCGGACAUCUUCAGGGUUGGUGCCUCUCGCUACUUCGGACAGACUGUCCUCGGGGGGCCAUUCCAUGUCAUCAUCAUCACUCACGCCUGCCUGGUGCUGGUGACCAUGGUGAUGCGCCUCUCCAGUGCCCCCGGGGAGGUGGUGCCCAUGUCCUUCGCCCUGGUGCUGGGCUGGUGCAGCGUCAUGUACUUUGCUCGAGGAUUCCAGAUGCUGGGCCCCUUCACCAUCAUGAUCCAGAAGAUGAUUUUUGGAGACCUGAUGCGUUUCUGCUGGCUGAUGGUUGUGGUUAUUCUGGGAUUUGCCUCAGCGUUCUAUAUCAUUUUCCAGACGGAGGACCCCACCAAUCUGGGGAAUUUCUAUGACUACCCCAUGGCUCUGUUCAGCACCUUCGAGCUUUUCCUCAGCAUCAUCGAUGGACCCGCCAACUACAAUGUGAACUUGCCCUUCACGUUUGGCAUUGUCUACUUUGUCUUCGCCAUCGUUGCCACACUGCUUAUGCUCAACCUGUUCAUCGCCAUGAUGGGUGACACACACUGGAGGGUGGCCCACGAGCAGGACGAGCUAUGGAGGGCCCAGGUGGUGGCCACCACGGUGAUGCUGGAGAGGAAGCUGCCUUGCUUCCUGUGGCCUCGGUCUGGGAUCUGCGGGAAAGCCUACGGGCUGGGGGACCACUGGUUCCUGCGAGUCGAGAACCACCACGACCAGAAUCCUUUGCGAGUGCUUCGUUAUGUGGAAGCCUUCAAGGGCUCGGACAAGGAGGAUGGACAGGAGCGUCUCUCGGAGAAACAGCCCUCUGUGGUUGAAAGUGGGACUCUAGCCAGAGCAUCCUUAGCCCCUCCAACUCCCUCCUUGUCCCGGACCACAUCCCACAGCAGCAGCAGUCACCGGGGCUGGGAAAUCCUUCGUCGCAACACCCUGGGACACCUGAAUCCUGGGCUGGACCUUGGUGAGGGGGAUGGAGAGGAAGAUGUCUAUCAUAUAUGAUUAGGACCCUGUUACUGUUUGCUGGACUCUAGGUGGGCCUGCGCUGGGGCAGAGGGGGAGACGCUUGCCUACACGUGUAUCUGACCUCCUACCUGUGAAUCAUGGGAGGGGGUGGACAGAAGAAUUCUUAAAGGCCCUGUCUCACCCUUCCCAUGAACAUUUCUGGAGAUGAGCAAUGGGCUUCUGUUGUCUCACAUAUCUUCUGGGUUCCUCAAGUCCCAUAUUUUGGGAAAAGAACAUAUCUUUUCAAGCAAAGUUGGACUUGCCCAUCAAAGACAUGAGGUAGGGCUGCUAUAUUAGUGUCUGGGUCAUCUCUCCCGGUGCUCCUUGCAGACCCUAGGAAGCAGUAGGCUGUGACACCUGCCUGCUUCCUCAGGGCCAACUGUGGGGAGAGCCAGGCCUGGCGUCAGUUUGUGGUCCUUCCCUUUCCUGUACCCCUGUGGAGUGUUCUCCCCGAUUAGCAACCAAAGCCCACCUAGAAAACUGCAAGAAGAAAGGUUCUUUAACCUUGUUUCAUUAUUUUUUUAAUUUUUAUUGUGUGUCAGAUACACAUAACAAAAUUUCCCAUUUUUAGGUAUCCCAUUCAGCAGCAUUAAGUACCUUCCGGUGGCUGACUACACAGCCAUCACCACUGCCCGCCUACAGCUUUUUUGUCAUCCCAGACACUCUUCUCCUCACUAAGUACUGACUCCCACCAUCCCCUCCCCAGAGCCCCUGACAACCAGUAUUCAACUUUCUGCCUAUGCAUCUGACUACUAUAGGUGACCUCAUGUGAGUGGAAUCGUACAAUAUUAGUCCUACAUGACUGGCUGAUUUCACGAAGCAUAAUAUUUUCAAGAUUCAUCACGUUCUAGCAUGUUUCAGAAUUUCCUUCCUUUUAAAGGCCAAAUGAUGUUCCAUUGUAAGCGCACACUAUGUUUUGUUUAUUCAUUCAUCCAUUGAUGGACAUUGGGUUGUUUCCAUCUUUUGGCUGUUGUGAAUAAAUACUGCUGUGAACACUGGUGUACAAAUAUCUGUUCAAGUUCCUGCUUUGAGUUCCUUUGG